UCUCUUGGUUACCUUGCAGGAAGAAACGGAUCACUUUGGCGGUAAACUUCAAGAUGUCUCAACAGCAGUAUAAACUUGCACGAUUUGCUAAAUAUGGCCCACUGCCUUUGUCUCAAGAAGACAAGCUUAAGGCAGAGAAAGGAUUCGUACUCGAUGCCGUAGCAGUUAGCACUCUUUCGGACGACUCAGGCCGCGCAAACCCGAAGAUGGCGACCGCCAUUCCACCGUACAAUGGUCAAAAGGACAAACAUUCGAAAGGGUAUUUUGAGAAACCCGUCGUCAAGAAACUUCUGAAAAAGACAGAGCAGAUCCCACCAGGCGAUUCAAUAACUGGGAAGCAAAUGGACAAAUUUUACGACAAAGGAAUGAUGGGUACUUACAUCAAGCUUCGCAACAGUGCAGGUGCAGGACAUUCCACAAGUCAGGUUGGUGGUCAUGGCUUGUUCAUGGAGAACAUCCAUCCUCUCAAUGGAUUCAAUGGUUCAUUUGGUUUUCGAAGAAACACUCCUUGGCUUCGAAACCAGCCAUCAGUCUUCACAGGUAAGUUACAUGCUCAUGUAAAUGUGUGAUGUAAGGUCAAACUGUCAUACCAACUGUGCUAAU